AUGGCCACUCUCAAUCUAGAUGACGAUGAGCUCAAAGCUCUUGAACAAACACUGAGCAAGGUAGCUCAACUGUCUAGCAGCGUGCAGAGCUUCAGGCAGGAUCUAAUUAAGAGCAGUCCUCUGCCACCUCCAAAAUCGAUUCAAGCUUCUGCCAAAAUUCUUCAAAAGAACCUUAAGUCGCUUCUAGAGAGCACGAACGAAAAUGCAGACCUCUUCAAUCGCAUGGCCAUCCGACCCUCGACGAACUAUCCCGGCCGAACUCAAGAGAACGUGCUUCUCCAACUCCUACGCAAGAAACUCGAACCCGACGUCGAAGAAUUCGUCAGUCAAGGUCUUGAAACUGCACGACUCGCUACACCAGAGGGUCUGGAAUCUCUAGAACAAAUCUGGCGCGAAUUGCGAAGCUGGCUCUCGGACCGGGUAAUUCAUUUCAUAUCGACCGAGAAUAGCGAUCCCUAUACGGCGGAAGAACGUGCAAAUGGAGUAAAAAACGUACGUACCGGUUUACGAAGGCCUAUAGAUGACGAUGAAGAAGAAGAGGACGAGGAGGAAGGUGACGAAGAGGAAGAUGAUGAUGAGCCAGAGAAGCCAGAUGUCCCGGAAGUCAAGGUGCGAGGAGCGGAACCAGAGACAUUGCUUUGGUUUGCGGCACGGGGGGACUUUGAGGUGCCACGCAACGUUGAGUAUGAGCGCAAAGUGGAUGUCUACAAGGGACUCCAAGGUGUCAACAUACCACCCAGUGACCAACAGCAGCAACAACCCCAGCAAGGUUUUGUUCCUUCAUGA